AGACAUGCGGCCAGCCCGUGGGGCCUGCAGGGCCUCGGUACCCAUUGGGCCUCAUCAGAUGCUCCCAGCAGCCUGGGUGGUGGCCAGGGCAGGGUGUGCUGGCCCAUUCCCCCCCAGGUUGUAGGACUGGGUCUCAGGACUGUGUGUGAUUUGCCCACGGGGUGGAAGGCAGAACCUGUUCAGGCACCCAGGUGUUCUCUCCUGCCUGGCUUUCGCCGUAGCUUGGGCAGCUUUCCUCCCACUGGGGCUCCCACAGGACUCCCAGCACCAAGGGCACAGGAAACCCCAUGCCCAAAGGGGUAAGAACUUGUCCUGGACGUGAGGUGAGAUACAGCUAAGUCCCUGCUAGAGCCACACCACAGUGCAGGCCCUGAACACCCACUAAUGUGUGGUCAUGGGGAGGGGCCUGUGGAUGUCUUGAGAAUGUGGGAAGACCUUUGGUCCAGCUGCCCUUCUGUGUGAGACAUGUAAGUACAGUAGGAUUGGAAAGACUGGUGUCUGUCCAUCUGUCAGCAGAUGCUGACCUUGCAGCCCCUGCUCUGGCUCUUGGGAUUCAGCAUUGAACAAGGAUGCUCCCACCUCAGUCCACAGGCUCUUUCUCUGUGGUACUUGUCCUUUUACCUACCGUGUUGGAACUUCCUAUCUUUGUUGUUACCCGACAUACACAGACGUUUGCCACUAGACUGUGGCCCCAGGAUGGCCUGGCUGUCUGUCGCACUCACAGUGCACCUGAGUGUGUGCCUGGUUCUGGGUGGGGACUCAGCAAAUGCUUCUCAUAAUAACAGUAAGACACAAUGAACAAGUAAGCAAGAAAAGCUGAGCAGAGAUGCCUCCCUCGAGUAAGGCGUGGCAGUGGUUUGCCAAGCCCGAGUGGCAGGAGGGACUAUGAGUUGUGGGUACGUGCUCUGGCAAAGGGCACAGCAGGGCCAGGUCGUGUGUCUGCGAGCUUGCUCCUGAGUACAGCCCGGUGGGCUCGCGGAGGAGGGGCUGACCUUGGGGUGGGGCUUCUCUCGGGCUUUCAGUGGGGAGCAGCGGGAUCCCAGCUGUUUCUGUCCAAUUGCUUCUGUCCAAAACAAUGACCCAGAGACUGAGCUGACUCACAGGGAGACAACCCUCCACCCAACUCUGUGCAUUUCAGCUCCUGUUGAAGAAUGGAUGCCUUGGAGUCAGAAUUCAGUCUCCAAGUUGUCCUGGUCAGUUUCAAGCAGUGUCUCAAUGAGAAGGAGGAGGUGCUGCUGGACCACUACCUCGCCGGCUGGAGGGGGCUCACCUGCCUCCCUCGCAGGUUCCUGAGCGGCCUGGGCACCGUCUUCUCCUUCAUCUCCAAGGACGUGGUGGCGAAGCUGCAGACCAUGGAGCGCCUGCGCAGCGGCCCCCAGCGGGAGCACUAUAGCAGCCUGCAGUCCAUGGUGGCGUACGAAGUGGGCAACCAGCUAGUGGACCUGCAGCAGCGCGCCCGCCACCCCAACUCAGGCUGCCGGACUGUGCUUCGACUACACCGCGCCUUGCACUGGCUGCAGCUCUUCCUGGAGGGUGUGCGCACCAGCCCCGAGGAUGCAAGCACCACUGCACUCUGCACCGACUCCUACAAUGCCUCGCUGGCCGCCUACCACCCCUGGAUCAUCCGCCGGGCCGUCACCGUGGCCUUCUGCACGCUGCCCACACGCAAGGUCUUCCUGGAGACCAUGAACGUGGGGCCACCCGAGCAGGCUGUGGAGAUGCUGGACGAGGCCCUGCCCUUCAUCGAGCGCGUCUACAACGUCUCCCAGAAGCUCUACGCCGAGCACGGCCUGCUGGACCUGCCCUAGGGACUGACAGGCCCGGGCAGGGUGGGCUUCCCUCAUCCAGAGCUGGGCUGGGACGGGCAGAACCUGUCCGUCAUUCCACCAUGGAACUUUCUGGGUCCCCCAGGGCUGGGAAAAUCACUGUCCUCCUGUGAGCUGAGCUUGUCGGGAGCCACUCGGACCGCACCUCCAGCCACUGCACACGGGCUACGGGUGGGCUGCGACAGAAGGCAGGCACUGGCUGUCUGCUCCACGCCUGGCCUCUCCCUUCCCUGGGGCACCUUAUCUUUACCCUCAGCCGUGUUACACAUGUGUCCAGUCAAGCCUCGCCCAGGUGGGUGAAGUGCAGGAGAAGGGAGUGGGUUACCAUCAGUGUUCGUGGGAAAGCUGCACCAACCUGGGGGUGAAGUCUGUGAGAUGGGGGAGGUAACAGGCCCUGGGACGCGGCAUCUGCCCAGCUGGGCUGCCUUGGGCCUCUCCAUACAGGCCACCAUCCCCAGGACAGGAAAACUCCUUGGGCAGUGGUCAGCAUGGCAGGCUUUCUCCCUGCCCGUCGCCUCCUUAGCCAGGGGCCUGGUUGCACUCGGCUGUGACAGCAGGACCUGGAGCCCGAGGGAAGGCCUGCCCCACCUCUGCAGACCUGCACACAGUCACUGCCUCCUGCAGCUUGUGAGUGUGUAUAGCACAGCCCGAGAGCCCCCAGGAGCCUAGGACCCCUCUGGGCCAUUGCUGGCCUCUCCCUCCCCAGAGUCCAGCCAGAUGCUCUGUUCCCUCUUCCCUACCCACUGCCGCCCCACCCCCAGGGAGCUCCAGAAACUCAGGGUGACCUAGCACGAGGGAGGAGCCUGGACCCCUUGCCCAGCCUGACCACCACCCUGUGCUCAGGGCCCGGCCUCUCCCACUGGCUUCUCACUGUGAGCCCAGGACUUUGGGUGCCAAGGGAUGGUAUCCACAGCAGAUGUACGUAAGUGUGAGCCACGGCGGGGGGCCCUUAGAAGCUGUAAUGUGGUGAUGGCUUUACCAGUGUAAAUAAACUGCUUUUACAGAACA